GUUAACUUUUCAUCCUCAGCCAUUUUUUAAACCUUGACAAUCUGUAAAAUGUUGAUGUGGUCAUUCGUUGCUCAACCCGUUGAUUCUCACCGAGGAUGAAAUUUUUAGCAAGGCUGAGGGAUACCAAAGGAACUCAGGCCUGCGAUUACAUUCUUGGGGGGUACAGUUACAGCACGAUCAUGCAUGACCAUCAUGGCAUGUCCAUGGCAGUUUUCACCAACCCAAGCAUUAUAUAUAUCCUGCAUCCCCAACAUUAAACCAUCAGACUCAAGCAGACAAAGUUGAAGACAACAGAGGCUGAAAUGUUCAACAGGAUUCAGGAACUCAACACAUCAAAGACAAACUGGGCAUUGCGGGUCAGACUGGUGCGUUUCUAUCCAGUCCCAGUUUACACCAACAAAAACGUGAUCAACACCAUGGAGUGUGUUUUCCAUGAUCAGGAGGGCAACAGAGUUCAUGCCACCAUUCGCAGGGAAAGGCUUGGAGCUUUUAAGGAACGCAUAAAAGAAGGAAACGUUUACAUCUUGAGAAAUUUUGUUGUCACUCCUAAUUCCAUGAAAUACAGGACAACAAAUUGUGCAUUUAACAUCAUUUUCAACCACAGGACAACAUUGGUUGACAAUAAUGUUGAAUUCCCCAGGAUGAUGUUCAAUUUCAAACCCUUCUUAGACCUUCAAUACGCAAACCAAGUUGACUUAACAGAGAUGUUUGAUAUCAUAGGGAGCGUGAGGUCUAUCCACUUUCCUAGGCCACGCGAACGUGAUGGAGCAACACAAAAAUUGGUUGAAUUGGUUUUGGAAGACCCAAACCAACAAACUAUCAGGUGCACCCUGUGGGCAGAUUUUGUUGACGCAAUAAGGCGUGGGGUAGAAAAGACACCAAACUUUAUGAUUGUCGUGGUUCUAAUGGUUCACCCAAGACUAUACAAAGGUGAUGUGUACAUGACCAAUAGCUACAACGGGUCAAGGCUAAUUAUCAAUGGCUCAGAUCAAGAGAUCUUGGACUACAAAGACAGGUUUGACUUGCAUGGAGAUGAGGGCUAUAACGGUCAACCUAUCGUGGUGACAACAGAAGAAGAGGAACAUGGUUCAGGAGAAGGAGAUUUUGUGACAAUUGAAUCACUGUUUCAAGAAAACUUGAAUGGACGCUUUUGGGUGACUGGAGAAGUUAUUGAUAUUGAAACCGGAGAUGGAUGGUGGUAUUUAGCUUGCAGAGAUUGUGCAAGAAAAGUGGCACCCAGAUGUGGCCGUUUUGAAUGUCUCAAUCCAGCAUGUAAAAGCAGACAUGAUGCAGUGAUGAGAUACAAAGUGAAGAUUAGAAUUAUGGACAAAACAGCAAACGCUGCAUUCAUCCUAUGGGAUACUGCUUGCCAAGAACUAUUCGGGAAAAAGGCAGCUACCAUUGUUGGGGAUAUGAAAGGGGAGGAUGGUUUUCCUUUGGAAAUAUUAAACUUGAUAGAAAAGAAAGUGAUUUGUUUGGCUCAAGUGCAAAACGAUAGCACAAAAAGGGGUGAAGUUGCUUUUAGUGUUCAGAAGAUUAAACUUGAAAAAGAGAUCAAUGCACUGGAACCCGGGGAAUCUUCACAUGCUAAGGAGUUGGAGGCAACAUCUCAGGAGAAGAACGAGAAGUGCAAAGAAAAAUAUGAAGAGCCUAUUGACCUGACUGUGAAUGAGACUGUGGCAGCUAAUGAUGACAAUAUGACAAGUGGGAAGCGAGUUGGGGAGAUCGAUACAGAAACACUCAAGGAUAUGGUUAAGAGAAACAAAAGGGCUAUUCAAGUGAAGAUCGAGAAAUGCUGAAAAAAGGAACUACAUGCCUACACAAUCUUAUGUCUGCAAUUAUGUCAUUUAAAUUACUAUUUAUCAGUGUUUUAAAGCUUUGCCAGUUUGCCUAAGUGUUCACAGAAACACAUAAUGUCUUAAACCUCUAGGAUUUCCC